AUGGAAGUUAAUGCCAUUGGACCAUAUGAUGAAUUUGGUUUUUUAGAAAGAAUAGGACAAGGUUCUUUUGGUCAAGUAUAUAAAGCGUUUCAUCAAAAUACAAGAACAAUUGUCGCUAUAAAACGAUUACCGAAAGAUGCAGAUUUUCAAGAUAUUAGAAGAGAAAUUGAUACACUCAAAGUCCUUCGAUCACCCUACAUUAUUCGAUAUUAUACAAGUGUAUUAAGACAAGAAGAGUUUUGGAUUGUUAUGGAAUAUUGUUGUUACGGGUCUGUUGCUGACAUGAUGGAUAUUCUUGGAGAAGAAUUAAAAGAAGAUGUUAUUGCACAAAUUUGUCAUGAUGCUCUUCAAGGAUUAAAAUAUCUUCAUGAAUUACAUAAAAUACAUAGAGACAUUAAACCAGCUAAUUUCUUAAUAACAAAAGAUGGGGAUGUUAAACUAGGGGAUUUUGGUAUUGCAACAACAUUAAAUGAUAAAACAAGACACCAUAAAACAUUAAUUGGAACUCCUCAUUUUUUAGCACCAGAAAUAGUUGAUGAAACGGGUUAUAAUGAAAAAGUAGAUAUUUGGGCAUUAGGAAUUUCUAUCAUUGAAAUGGCUGAGACAUAUCCUCCUUAUUAUGACAUGCCCCCUAUGAGAGUAUUAAUGCUCAUCGCUCAAAACCCCCCUCCUAAAUUAAAAAAUGAAAGUGAACAUAGUUAUAAUCUUCAAGAAUUUUUAAGUAAUUGUUUGGUUAAAACUCCACAAGUAAGACCAUCUGCAUAUACAUUACUUAAACAUGAUUUUAUUUCUAUGAGAAAUAAACAAAAUUUAAUGACUUUAUUAGAUCAUCUAAGUGAAAAGAUUCAAGAAAAUGGUGGGAUUGAAAAGACACUUGAACUUGUCAAAAAACAGGCUAAAGAUCCAACAUUCGCUGAUCCUAGUGUAGGUAAAAGAAGUAAUGAAGAACAACAAGAAAAUGGAAUAGGAGGUUUAGAAAAUAUGAUCGAUUCGAUUUUUCCUGAUUAUGACGUUCAUGAAAUUAGUACGUUAGAUUUUUCUAAUCAUCCUUCAAAUCAUGCAACAGAAGAAUUUGAUGUUCAAAAUAUUUACCCAAAUGUUAUUGGUACUGAUGAAAAUAGUCCUAUUGCUAAAUCUGAUAACACACAAAAAGAUUUUUCAAUGAGAUAUUCUCCUGUCCCGCUUUCUAUAAACCAUAGUUAUUUUGAUGGGUCUAAUGAAACAAUUGAUAAAACCCAAAAAGGUGAUAGUUUGUUCAAUACAACAAGUCCUUUACAUAAAGAGGAAGAUGGUCAUGAUCGUUCACCAAUAACUCCCAUUUAUAUUGAGAGCUAUAGUAUUAAUCAACCAUUUGUUCCAUUGAUAGUAGAUCCACAAAGAGAAAAUGGUAAAGCAAUUGAAAUAAAAUCAAAUGCAGACAUAUCACAUGAACUAAUAGAAAAUGCAGAUAAUGAAAUAUUUCGGUUGAAUGGAGAGUGGAGAGGUGUUACUGCUGGUGGUUGUCAUGUUUUCCCCAGUUGGAGAAAUAAUAUACAAAUUAGUAUUCAUGUGUUAUAUAAAACUACUAUUAGAAUUAGUUUAGAACAAAUAGCAGAAGAAGGAAAUUUAACUCAUAUUGCUUUAUAUGUAUUUACAGCAAAUGAAAUUGAAGACAAACAAAGAAUGUUAGAUAUAGUUGACGAUUGUGUUAUUGGAGAAGGAACUACAUUUUCUUUAAAAAGAAAGAUAGAACAAACAAUAGAUUUUGAUAAAGGGUGGUACAUUAUUUUUGGAUGUACAUAUCAACCAGCAAUUGAAAGAAGGUAUUUAAUGGAUAUCGAAUAUCCAGAUGGCUCUGCUCAAGUAAAAAUAUUAAACGAGUCAGAAACUGAUUGGAAAUUAUAUCAAAUCAAUAGUGAAUGGAAUAAUAAAAAUAAUGGUGGUAGAAUAAAAAGAAAUUCAUAUCAAUGGUGUGACAAUCCUAAAUUUAUUAUUUCAUCUACCCAUCCAACUUCAUUAUUUAUUUUGUUAGUUGCAUUAGGCAUUGACGAAGACACUGAUAUUGGAUUUGCUUUAUUUAAAACAAAAGAUGAUGAAACUCCAUUAGCUGUACUUACUCCUGGUAAUAUCAAAGAAGAAUCAGAAGAAAAUGACACUACAUCAUCUGCAUUAGUAGACAAUGUAAGUGGAACUUAUAUAUUAAUACCUUAUAUAAGAGGAAAUCAAUCUCGUACAAGUUUUAAGUUAAUGAUUUAUUCAAUGUCAGAUAUCUCUAUGAGUCAACAUAUACCAACUAAAACAUCUUGGAUAUCUGGUGAAUGGAAUGAACUUACAGCAGGUGGGUGUUUUAAUUCUGGUAAUUGGAGAAAAAACCAACAAUUUGUUCUUAGAGUUAAAGAAAAUACCAGAGUCAUUGCUGAAUUAGUUUAUGACAAAGGAAGUCCUGAAGAUAAAAUGAGUAUGGGAAUGACUAUGAUAAAAACUGAUUCUAACACAAAAAUUUUUGGAUUUGAAUAUCAACAGGUUGUCUUUAGUACCAACUUCACCAACGCAUCGUACAUGAGUAAGGCUGUUGAGUUAGUCCCAGGACAAUACGUUAUUAUUCCAAUGACAAUUUUACCAAACCUCUUUGGUAAGUUUACAAUUGUAAUUCAUGAAUUACUUCGAUCUACAUUUGAAAAUCCAUCUGUUGAAUUAUCUGAAAUAAACGAGGGGUUUAGUUGUUUCUUAUCAGGAAAAAAUGGUAAUUUAAAACAAACUCAUUUAUUUGCUAUGGAUAAAGGAGUAUUAUCAUUAUUCUUAACUCCUAUGAUAAAUGUUACGAAUAAUUCUCAAAAAAAAGUCACAGUCAUUGAUCAAAAUAAUGAUAGAAUACUUGCGACUUGUGAUGAAAAUGACUCAGAUAUUCAAACAAAAGUUAUUCUUGAAUCUCAAACUAAUGUCCUUAUUAGCAUUCAAUCAACCGAACCAUCUCAAUUAGAGCAAUUCUCUCUAUUACUAUUCUCUACUGGAGAGAUUCACCAAAUCGCUUAA